CAGUUUUGGAGGCCUGUAGGUGAUGCACAUGCAAAGAGGGGAGAGGCGACACUCUGGAGUCUGUUCAAAUCAUCUGUGCUGUAGGGGGACCACUUGCCUUGUGACAUUUGGCACCACUAAUUGCCUCUGAUUAAUUAGACUACCAGUGAUGAUGCAAAUUGUAGCGGGGAGAUUCCCUGCUGUGCUGUGAACUCCUGCUGCCACCAUCUCUUAAUUUUCACCAUGACGCUGGGUAGAGACGCCUGUGGGACGCGAUGACAGCCAACAAGGAGAAGAGAAGGGCGAUCAGCCGUGAGGCAGCCAGAAGGAGACGACGGGUGGAGUCUGACAUAUUUGGAGAUUUAUCUCGUCUCCUGCCGCUCCAACCCUCUGUCCGAACUCACCUGGACAAGCCCUCCAUCAUUCGCCUCGCUCUCAGCUACAUACGCAUGCACACAGUGCUCAAAGGGAACACUAGGACAAAAGCAGAGGCCAGUCACACAGUAAAAUAUGGACAAGUGAUGGAAAGUGGAGAGGAAAGGCGAGACUGUGACGGAGGACGUGACGAGGAGAAAGAAACGGAGGAUCUCGAAGCCUCGGAGGAGACAGACAUGUACCUGAGGAUCCUGGAGGGAUUUAUGAUGGUCCUGUCCACUGAGGGAGACAUAAUCUUCCUGUCUGACAACGUCAGCAAGUACAUGGGCUUGACACAAACUGAGCUGAUGGGACACAAUAUUUUCGAGUUUACUCACCCUUGUGACCACGAAGAAAUCAAAAAUAACCUACGUCUAACAGCAGGGGAAGUUUGGUACGGUGCAAAGAGGGACUUUGUCAUGAGGAUAAAAAGCGCUCUGACACACAGAGGAAGAAGCGCCAACCUCAAGUCAGCUACAUGGAAGGUCCUCCACUGUCAGGGCAGCAUGAAGGUGUGUGUCGUCCCGUCUUCAGUUUCCUGCCUGCUGCUUACCUGCCAGCCUCUGCCCCUUUCACACACACUCCUCAGCACACACACCUUCACCAGCCAGCACAGCAUGGACAUGAGGUUCACAUAUUGUGACCAGAGAGUGACUCUGCUUUUAGGUUACAGUCCUGAGGAGCUGCUGGGCCGUUCCAUCUAUGAUCUCUGUCACACACUGGACACAAACUGUUUGACCAAAAAUCAUCUGAACUUGUGUUUUAAGAGUCAGUCAGUCAGCGGUCAGUACAGGAUGCUGGUGAGAGGUGGAGGUUACGUCUGGGUGGAGAGUCACAGUGCCGUCAUCCCCAACGUCCGACCCAAGUCCAGGCGCUGUGCCCACCAGCCACUUAGCAUCCUUUGUGUUACCUAUGUCCUCAGGUGUGUGUGUAUCAUUUGAUUUAAAUCUACUUGCAGAGAAUUGAAACUACCUUUAUAUAGCCUAAUCCAACACAAUGAAUAUUUUGUUGCCUUUAUUUUUAGACAUACUUGCGGCGUGGCUCUAGAUACCUGCAAAUCUAAUAAUGCUAACACGCUAAACUAAGAUGCUGAACAUAGCAUUUUGCAUUGUGAGCAUGUUAGCAUGCUGAUGUUAGCAUUUAGCUCAAUGCACUGCUGUGCAGCCUCAGUACAGCUUCACAGAGCUGCUAGCAUGGCGGUAGAGUCUUAGUCCUUUUGUUACAAGGAUGGACUGUUUGAAGUGUGUGUUUAAAGUUGCACUGACAUACAAGAAUUUGAGUCAAAUGUUACAUUUGAGUAACAUAAGAAAAGUGCCACGUUUAUCCUGUCCUUUUGCAAGACUUGUGAAACCAUGAUGACAAAAGUCCCUUAACUUUAAUGAAGUCCAUGACCUUUCCCUAAACCUAACCAAGUCGUUUUUGUGCCUAAACCUAACCAACUAGUUACCUUUGUUAAAUGGUUGAAAGUAAAAACAAAAGUAUUAAAGUUAAAAGUUUAGUCCUUUAAAUUAAGUCCCAUAAACUAACCUCACUAUAGCUGUUUAGAGGCUUUACAGUAAAUCCCAUAGAGGUAGCCUGUUUUAGCCGUUUUUAGUAUAAUUUAGAGUAUUAUAUUAUUAUUUAUAAAUGGUU